CGCUUCUCUUCACUUCCCAUCAUUUUCUCGUCCACUUCUCUUAAAUGAUCUUCUCCUCCGAUCAUAGUUAAUCUCUUUUAUCUUUCUUAGUCCGAUCUUGUUCGUGAUCUCUCUUCCCCCGGAAACGUGAAAAGAUGUCUGCCGGUAACGGAAAUGCUAACGGUGACGGAGGAUUUAGCUUCCCGAAAGGGCCAGCGAUGCCAAAGAUAACGACGGGAGCGAAGAGGGGUAACGGAAUAUGCCACGACGACAGUGGUCCAACGGUGAAGGCGACGACGAUCGAUGAGCUUCACUCGUUGCAGAAGAAACGUUCUGCUCCGACCACACCUAUCAACCAAAGCGGCGGCGCCGCUUUCGCCGCCGUUUCGGAGGAGGAGCGCCAGAAAGUUCAGCUUCAGUCCAUCAGUGCAUCAUUGGCGUCGUUGACGAGAGAAUCGGGACCGAAGGUGGUGAGAGGACACCCGGCGGAGAAGAAGGCCGACGGAUCAACUACUCCGGCGUACGCACACGGCCAGCAUCACUCUAUCUUUUCUCCGGCAUUAGGCGCCGUCAGUGAUAGCUCCUUGAAGUUUACCCACGUCCUCUACAACCUAUCUCCUGCAGAGCUAUAUGAACAGGCUAUCAAGUAUGAGAAAGGUUCGUUUAUCACUUCCAAUGGAGCGUUGGCGACGCUUUCGGGUGCGAAGACUGGUCGAGCUCCGAGGGAUAAGCGUGUCGUUAGAGAUGAGACUACAGAGGACGAGCUGUGGUGGGGAAAGGGUUCGCCGAAUAUCGAAAUGGAUGAACAUGCCUUCAUGGUGAACAGAGAAAGAGCGGUUGAUUACUUGAAUUCCUUGGAAAAGGUCUUUGUCAAUGAUCAGUUCUUGAACUGGGAUCCGGAGAACAGAAUCAAAGUCAGGAUUGUCUCAGCUAGAGCUUAUCAUUCACUGUUUAUGCACAACAUGUGUAUUCGACCGACUCCGGAGGAGCUUGAGAGCUUCGGUACUCCGGACUUCACUAUAUACAAUGCUGGGCAGUUUCCGUGUAACCGUUACACUCAUUACAUGACAUCUUCCACUAGCGUAGACUUAAAUCUUAGUAGGAGGGAAAUGGUUAUACUCGGCACUCAGUAUGCCGGGGAAAUGAAGAAGGCUUUCAGUGUGAUGCAUUACCUUAUGCCUAAGCGUCGCAUUCUCUCCCUUCAUUCUGGAUGCAAUAUGGGCAAAGAUGGAGACGUUGCUCUCUUCUUUGGACUUUCAGGUACCGGGAAGACGACGCUGUCUACUGACCACAACAGGUAUCUGAUUGGAGAUGAUGAGCAUUGUUGGACAGAGACUGGUGUUUCGAACAUUGAGGGUGGGUGCUAUGCUAAGUGCGUUGAUCUUUCAAGGGAGAAGGAGCCUGAUAUCUGGAACGCCAUCAAGUUUGGAACAGUUUUGGAAAAUGUUGUGUUUGACGAGCACACCAGAGAAGUGGAUUAUGCUGAUAAAUCUGUUACAGAGAACACACGUGCUGCGUACCCGAUUGAGUUCAUUCCGAAUGCGAAAAUACCUUGUGUUGGUCCACACCCGAAGAAUGUGAUACUUCUGGCCUGUGAUGCCUUUGGUGUUCUCCCACCUGUGAGCAAGCUGAAUCUGGCACAAACCAUGUACCACUUCAUUAGUGGUUACACUGCUCUGGUUGCUGGCACAGAGGACGGCAUCAAGGAGCCAACAGCAACAUUCUCAGCUUGUUUUGGUGCAGCUUUCAUAAUGUUGCAUCCUACAAAGUACGCAGCUAUGUUAGCUGAGAAGAUGAAGACACAAGGUGCUACUGGAUGGCUCGUCAACACUGGUUGGUCCGGUGGCAGUUAUGGUGUUGGAAACAGAAUCAAGCUGGCAUAUACUAGGAAGAUCAUCGAUGCAAUCCAUUCGGGGAGCCUGUUGAAGUCGAACUUCAAGAAAACCGAAAUCUUUGGGUUUGAAAUCCCAACUGAGAUCGAAGGGAUACCUUCAGAGAUCUUGGAUCCCGUAAACUCGUGGUCUGAUAAGAAAGCACAUAAGGAAACUCUGUUGAAACUGGGAGGUUUGUUCAAGAAGAACUUCGAGACUUUUGCUAAUCAUAAGAUUGGCGUGGAUGGUAAACUUACGGAGGAGAUUCUCGCUGCUGGUCCUAUCUUUUAGAAAACUAUGAUCCUGUCGGGAAAUAAAUAAAAAAAAAAAAAAAAAAGAAGAAGAAGAAGAAGAUAGUACUUAAGAAUAAAUGAGACUUGGUGUUUUUGUCGUAUAUCUCUGCCGAGAGUAGAGAACUUGAUAUGAAAUGGUCUCAAGGAAACGAGAACAUUCAUGUGUGGUGGAUAUGAAUAUGAACAUGUGUAAUUUGAUUAUCAUCUAUUGUCAUUACUCUUAUAUUUAUUGGAAUUAAUCAUACAAA